AUGGAUAACCGGCGAACUGCGAUUCUCUCUCAUAUUUUCCCAGAAGUCAUGGAAAGUUCCCUGAUUCUCCACUGUGUGCUCAUGAUCGCAGCGAAAGAUCUACUGAAGUAUGAUUCGAGCGUGGAAUUACAAGCCUCAGCCGUUGAGUACUACGACCGAGCUGUUUCUGGCCUGCGUGAGGCGCUCAGUGGUGAGCAAUCGGCAAAUGAGCCCACUUCUGACCACAACCUGUUGGCAGUUGCCUUAUUUUGCCUUCACGAGAUACUACCACAUCUAAACGCUGCGGCUGCUCUACUAAGACCUCGGCUCCAGAUGGUGCCGCCCAACUCAUCUCUUCGGAAGUUUCUCAUCGAGAUGUUUUGCUACUUCUUCUCCAUCACAGCAUUUACUCACGGUGCUCAUCUGUCACUGUGUGAGGCCAGACAAAUAUUCGAAUUUCCCGGUCUCCUGGAGCACUUAGAAAGCGGAUCAAUUAUGGGCACCUCACAGAAAGUAUUCUUUAUUGUGUUCCGUGUCGCCCUCCAUCUAUCCCGGGGUGAACCAACCACGUUCUCCGAUAGGAGGAUAUAUCGCGACAUAGUGAGCGCUGAGCAAGACUUGCGGAGUGUUCGGGCGUCAUUCCAUGCCCGUCCCGACAUGGGUGCGCAAACGAUCAAUGACGGUGUGACAUUCGAGCUGUAUCGCCUUGCUUGUCUGAUAUACUUGCAAAGCCUCAUAGAUCAGUCCAUCUCCAUUUGUGGCCCUUCCAUUCAGGAAAUGGUAUCUUCUUUUGUCAGCCACCUAUCGAUGCUACCACCCGAAUCGCCAUCAGACGGGUUUCUUUGCUGGCCCAUGGUGAUUGUGGGGCGUUGUGCCAUCCAGCAAGAGCACCGAGCUGCUAUUACGACUAAACUGAAGACCAUAUUCAACAAAUUUCGAUCAGAAAUAUUUUCGAGGAACCUCGCUGUGUUGAGGCAACACUGGCGAUACUUGGAGAGAGUAGACCCGAAUUCAGCGCCUACCUUUAGUCUGGCGCAUAGUAUGCACAACUUCAAUGAUGCAGUCCUCAUGGUUUGA